AUGACGAACGCCCUGCCAUUCCUGGUGCUGGCAGUGAUGGUGUCGUCGUGCACCACCAUUCAUCUGGACCAAAGCGACGGUGGCUACAUGAAUGUCCUCGUCGGUAUUGACAGGAGUGUGAACGUCGACAUCGACAUCCUUAACAACCUGAGGGUGUUAUUCAGGAAGGCCUCUCAGUUCUUCUUCGAAGCCACCAGGGGCAACUUCUACUUCAAAGAGGUGGUCAUCAGCGUCCCCAAGAACUGGCCGAGGACGGUGCAGAGGGAAAUGGUCUGGGGCACCCAGUUCCGCGACGCCCAGUUUCAGAUCAUCCCGGGCCUGAGGGAGCUGGGCACCCUGGCCACGAAGGGGAGCGCAAACACCCCGGUCCGUAUACCGCCCGUGUUCGUCGCCAGACUCAACGGCACCACAACCACGAUUUACGGAAAACCGGAGUACCACUUGGUACAUCACUGGGCAAUCCACCGAUACAAAGUUUACUCCGAGAACGCGGAAUAUCCUAAGAAGAAUUUGUACUGCAGUGCCAACCCGAAUGGCGCUGAGAUGAAAGCGGUGAGAUGUAGUGACCUGAUAUCCUACAAUGUAACGAACGGAACCGGUGGCGUGUGUCCGGACAUGAACUCCUGCUCCACGUCCCCCUAUUCCUGUGACGUCACGUACUACCAGGGCCCUGACCGGGCUGCCGAGUCCGUCAUGUUUCUGCCCUACCUAGAAGGGGUGAGUCUUGAGAGAAAUGUUCUAAAGGAACGGUACAUUUGCCUUCGUGCGUCAUUGAAAAAGGCCGCGUGGUGCAACAUGCUCCACAUUUGGCAACCACGAGCUUCCAAGGCCCUGAUGUGA